UUGCCUAACCCCAUCCAUUCCUUUCCUUCUCUUAUUUUCCACUCCAUACAUUUUCAAAGCUUCCUUCCUUGUUCCUCUCCUCUUCCUCUCCAAAAAGCACAAAAAGGAAGGGGUUGACAGCAUCAGAUUCCUCCCCUUUCCUUCUCGCUUAGGAAGUAGAAUGGGGAGCAAGGGAGGCGCUGCGCCACCGCCGUCGUCGGUGGUCUGUUGCAUGUGCGGCGAUCGUGGGCUGAUGCAGGAGCUCUUCCGGUGCAAGCUCUGCCUUGUGAGGUCUCAGCACAGAUACUGUAGUAAUUUCUAUCCCAAAGCUGAAUCCUACCGGACAUGCAAUUGGUGUCUAAGGGAGGAAGGAGAGAGGUCUCUUCCCAAAGAAGCCAUGAAGGACACCAACAGAUUGGUCUCUUCUUCCAGUAACAACGACAGCAGCAAUGACUCAGGAGCAAGUAAGCUCCAUCGAGGAGACUUCUCGUCGCAGCUCAACAAGCCUAUCAAGAAGCCCAGGCUGCUGGACUGGUCGGCGUCGGAUGUCACCGACCGGGUCUGGUCGGGAGAGCUGUCGUCGGGCUCGGGAAGGGCAAGGCAAGUCCUGAGGGGCAAAGCCAGAAGGUAUAAGCUCUUGGAGGAGGUCUCCAGCUAACUGAGCGCAGCCUGCGACAGAUCUGCUGGCUCAUCUUCUCUUAAUGAUCCCAGAGAGGAGCUUUCUACUGUUGUUUGAGUGCUGGUCUCUCUCAUCUUUGACAAACGGAAGCCGGAAAGCAGUUUUCAUCAUAAUAGAAUAUGAAUCUGCCAUAUAAA